AUGGCCACUAAAACAAUAGCAAGUGCGACGGUCAGAGCUGUGAAGAAACGCGUUCUACCUUCACGAGCUGCUCUAGUCCUAACUCAGUCAGCUGUUCAGAAAGUAAGAGAAAUUAUGGCAAAAGAAAAUGCAAAGGGUUUUAUAGGAUUGAAAGUAGGAGUACGUCAAAGGGGUUGCAAUGGACUAUCGUACACAUUAGAUUAUGCAAAAGAAAAGGGCAAGCUUGAUGAAGAAGUUAAGCAGGAUGGGGUGACUAUUAUAAUUGAUAGAAAGGCACAGUUGACAUUAUUAGGUACUGAAAUGGAUUUUGUGGAAGACAAAUUGUCGUCAGAGUUUGUAUUCAAUAAUCCAAAUAUCAAAGGCACCUGCGGUUGUGGAGAAUCUUUUAGUAUAUAA